AUGGCGCAAGAAGGCCCCCGUGAUGAGCAGCUGGAUUUCAGCGCUCCAAUGCGAAUACCCAUCAUUCACCCAGACGGCAGAGACACACACCUCUUCGCCCCCAGUGUGACCAACGUGACACAGAUGCCCCCACCUUACUAUACCGGGGGUGCAAGACAGAUACAUGCACUGGUAACAGACUAG